AUGAGGGUCUUCCUAGGGCUUGCGCACCAGACCGCAGAGGGGAAUCUUUGUUGUGAAAAGGGCCAAAAGGUCGACCCACGGGCCCACGAUGAUACUGAAGACGCGGAGCGGAGGCGGACGGCUUGUGCGCGCGCAGAAGAGCGAUGCGCAACAAGGAACACAAACGAGGGCGAUCCGACCAGAGUGAGGACGGCUCACUACGACUCGAGAGAUAAGACACAAGAAGAAUCUGUCUCGGAGCGGCUGACGGGCAGAAGUUCAGAUGGCGACGGCAUUCAAGCACAUCUUACGCUGCCCCGCGAAGACCGGUGA